AGGUCGAACCGAAGAUGAUGACGAGAAACGACGGGAAUACGAAGGUGUUGAGGUUGAGAGAGACGAUCAACUCAUUUCGAUCGAAGAAGAAGCAUUGUCAGCGAAACAACAAGCACACGAGCACACUCACAUCCUCAUGGAAACGCAGCGUAAACUGCAGGUCGUUGAAGCAGAUUUCGAGAAAGGAUUUCAGAGAUGCGAAGCGGCUCUUGCUAAGGAGCAAGCGAACAUUGAUCUGAUUGAGAGAAAUGGCGAACAGUUACGAACACUCGAGGAUCGUGAUAAUGAAGCAGCUGAACGCGAAUUCGAAGCUGAAGAAAAACUAAGGUUUGUUUAUGCAGGGUUCGUAGUCUCCAAGACCAAAAAUAUUCAAAGACUUUCAAAGAUUUUUUCUGCCUAUUUUCAAAGACUUUUCAAAGACCUUUGAGAGCAAUCAGCUGUCCAAAAAUUGCGAGUGUAUAAGCACCCUUUUUACCCAGUAAUUAGUCCCGCCACAUCACAUCUAAACAUGUACCUUUUCGUCGAUAUUUGCGAAAACCUUGCUUGCUCUUCAAUCAAUCUAUUUUAUUAGCUAGGAAAUUGUAUAAUCACUGAAUACUCACUAAAGAAUUAAUUUUAAAGACUUUCUUCGCUUUUUCACACAAUUCAAAGACUUUUCAAAGACCUAAAAGACCUGCAUUCAAAUUUAAAGACUUUCAAAGAUUUUAAAGACCGCUACGAACCCUGUUAUUAUUUAAUUUUACUUAAAAUGCGACUAACCCCAAAUGUAAUUUUUGGCAUGUGUGAUAUUUGGGUCAUUCUAAGAAGGAAUGUAAUGUAUCCUCAUGGUAAAAAACCUCAUCUUGACCAACUUUUUCACUGUCAAAGUUUCCGGAUAUGAUGUCAUUGGGUGAAUUUUUGGUACAAAAAACAAACGAAAACUAAUUUGCAAUUCACCUAAUGACAUAAUAUCUGGAAACUUUGACAGUGAAAAAGUUGAUCAAGAUAGGAUUUUUGUUGUAAAGAUAUCUUACAUUUCCUCUGCGAUAUUUGUGUAUAGUUGCACUUUAAUUAGGUAUAUGUAUACUUCAGUGAACUACCAAGGGUCUACCUACGCGCAGUGUUUCAAUUCUAUGAAAUAGAAAUGAAACACUGCGCGUCCUCUAAGACAAGCGUUAAGACGUCACGAAAAUAUUUCGUGCACUUAAAUUGGAUAAGACUCGCUACCAAUCCCCGUUGAUUCCAUAGCUCAAUGGGUAGAGCGGCGGUCUAGAUACCCGAAGAUGCGAGUUCAAAUCCCGCUCGAGCCAACGAAUUUUUCGUUGCUCGAUUGCAGUGUCAGAUUAAUAUGAAACUAGUUUUUCCUUGUUUUUCAAGUAUACGGAAACGCGAGGCGUUUACAACCCACACAGCCCGACACAGCGAUGGCCAAUAAAAAGCAAAUAAUUCCCCUUAAUUUAUACCCCCUACCUAAGUACCCCAGUGGCCAUUGUCCGACGGCAAGUGAAUUUUAUUCAGGGCAACUAAUUUUCAUGUCCAACUUGCCCUGAGGGUAGGUGGUCAAAAAAGUAAAGUUACACCACUGUUAAGGCCCUGUUACACGGUGCAAUUUUUCAUGCAACUUGUCUCGCAAUGGCGUUGCAAGACAAGUUGCACGAGUCAUUGCACCGUUUAACAUGCCUUGCAAUGGUCAAAAUCAUUGCGAGACAAGUUGCAUGAAGCAUUGCAGAGAGUAGAAGUCGGUUCUACUUUUGGCAACGAUUGCACUAAUUAUUUUUAGCAUUGCAGCGUGUAACAUGGCUUCGUGAAACUUGUCUCGCAAUGUUUAAUGCUUGGAGAGUUCCUAUUGGCUCUCCCCAGUACACGCUUUACUUUAAUUAAAAUUUAGCGCCAAAUAGCGCCUCUCCCUAUUCUCUUCGCAUGCCUCUGUCCCGUAUCGUUGCGAGUUGCAUGAAUAUCAUUGCAGCGUGUAACACCUCUUGCAAUGCAUUAUCAAAAUCUUUUCUUAAACAUUGCGAGACAAGUUGGAUGGAAAAUUGCACCGUGUAACAGGGCCUUUAGUGUGAACGGGGUCCUCAAUCGCUUUCACUGGUUUUAAAUAUAGAUUUCUGGAAGAACAACUCAAGGAGGCGGUUGCGCGAGCAGAAAGCGCAGAACGUGAUGUAGUGCGAAACGAAAACAUCGUCACCAGUGUCAAGCUUGAUCUUCAAGCAUGGGUAGAUAAACGCGCAAAAGUUGAUAAAGAAAUCGACAAAAUUGACGAGCUCGUCGGAGGACUGAGUUCUUUUGACGCGCUCGACGAACCAGAGCCAGAACCGGAAGUUGAGCCAGAACCGGAAGAUGAGCCAGAACCCGAACCUGAGCCCGAAGAGGAACCGGAAGAAGACUGAGGCGAGUGAAAAUCUUGUGACUGUUAAUUCUUUUAAACGGAUAAAUAAACCAGAAUUCAAUGAAUGGUGAAUAUAAAAAAUAUGUAAAAUUACUGCAGUUAGAAUGUUCGCUAGAUAAAUUGCUUUUUAAAUUGGUAUAAAUACUUGAUAAAUAAAAUGAACGAA